CACACAUUGUAAACAACUCCAACAGUCCGUCCGGUUCAAGCGUGAUAGAGUAACUGGGCAACUAUUUAGAAAAUUUGCUUCUCGCUAGUGCAACGUUGUAAGUGCGUCCAACGCGAUCGUGGAAUGUGGUUUGUGCAUAGUUGAACGGUUUAAUGUGAUUCGCUGUUACUACUCGUUCAUUUUGCUUGACGCUGUUGUCCUCUGUGGAGAUUUUUUAUGUGCAAAGGUAUUGUAAGCACCUGUACUUAGAAUUCUUGCUUUACCGCGUACAGCCCCUUGCAACACAGCGUACAGCAGGGGAGGGAUAAAAGGUUGCUGAAAAACGUCGUGCAUUACACAGUAUUUGCACAGCUAAUGAGUCGACAAGAAGCUUGCUCGCGACGACAGCGGUCAGGUAUCUCCUGAGGUUACAGCAUGACCUUGCCAUCAAACCAAAAUGCCUUUCGCGAGUGAACAGUGAAAAGGUAUUAUACAGUCGCUUCAUUGAUAAGAAAUCAAACAUCGCGUCCACUCGCGUCGCUCAAUUCGGGAUCCGAUCAUUUGCCGUGUAGCAGUGCGUCGAUGCAAGUAGUGUCGAGUGUUUGGGCUUGCUCUGGGUGGUGAAUCUUUGGUGUUCGUUUCGCGUUGGCAGAAUGGUUCUAGCUGUUCGGAUAGGAUAUCUGUGCACCAGUGCACUGCUGCUGUUGGUCGCAUUCCAUUCCAGCGAAGUGGUGGCAGAUGCUUCCACCGAGCAAGGCACGAUCGAUCUUAACAGCAUCGACAUCAAUAAGCUGAAAGAUGACGUACUCGCGGACAUACUGCCGCCAGAGUUCAAAAACGUAACGCUUCCUAAGUUGGAAGAUAUCCAGAAGAUCAUCAAAGAUAAAUGUUCCCGCGUAGCCGGCAGCGAUGCGUCGUACGAGGAGGCAGAACAAGCCGCCCAAAAGUUUGGCGAUUGUAUGAAGGACCUGGUGGACUUUAGCGAUCUACAGGAAGAGAUCAAGAAGGCGAAGCCAACGGGCGAUUUGGAUACCGUGUUCAACAAAUACUGUCGCAGGCGAUCCGCCGCCAUCGAGUGCAUCGAUACGUUUUCUAGCAAGGUUGACGUUUGCCUGGAAAAUGACGAAAAGGAAAGCAAAGUGGUGGCGGUGAACAUUGUGCAUGGCCUGUUAAACUUUGUCUGUCACAAGGAUGGCGAUCAGAUUGCCCUUUUUAUCGCGGAGGAAGGUCCGGAAUGUUUUUCCGACCAAAAAGAUGCGCUGAUUGACUGUGUCAACGGUACGCUGUCCGGCUACCUGCAGGAUGAUUCCGCACCGACAACCGAAGGGCUUCCGAAGCUUGUGAUGGGCAAAAAGCAGUGCGAUGAGAUGAGUUCGCUGCAGGAAUGUAUGGUGCAAGCGCUGGAAGGCUGUAAAGAAUCGACUCCAGCCAAUUUGGUCGAAUCGCUGUUCAAGUUCGUGCGUCGCGAAACACCAUGUGCCAACAUUACCGGUGAAGCUACGCCCAGGAAGCAUGCUCGAGCUGCUGGAAAGCUAACGACAGCGUCCCAUCAGAUUAUAAUUUCCACCUUGAUAAUGGCGCUGGUAGCCAAAUUGCUGAUACGCUAGAAACCGCCAAUCCAAUCCGGUGCAAAUGAAUGUUCCUAAUUCGAAGCUGACUGAUCAAUAAGCAACCAAUCAUUCUAUUAGCAGAAACCGCAAACCACAUCAGGGGAUUUUAGGAAGUGUAGAUAAACGGUGUUUACAAUGCUCGAUGUUUGAAUUUAUAACAGUUAACAAUAAAACGUUUCCAACAGGACUUGGUGUACAAAACGCAA